CCCCCCCCCCCGCGCAGCAGAGUGAGGGAGGCGAGUCGAGUAGGCGCUGUCCGGAAAUUCCCCAAUUAAGCCCACCGUACCUGCCUCUCCGCUUCUCUGCCUCCAGGCUCCAGUAGCUCCACUGCUCCGCCCGCCCGGCGUGCUCGCCGCUGCUCGCGGGAGGGGACAUGUCGGCCUCCGCGUCGACGCCGGCCGGCGAGGAGAAGCAGGAGCUGGCGCCCGUGGUGCAGUGCAAGGGCGUCAACGACCUCGACAAGGUCGUCCUCCGCGAGGUCCGGGGCAGCUCCGCCGAGGUUUACCUGUAUGGUGGGCAUGUGACAUCAUGGAAAGAUGAUCAUGGAGAUGAGUUACUUUUUGUUAGCAAUAAGGCUAUUUUCAAGCCUCCAAAAGCUAUACGUGGAGGAAUACCAAUCUGCUUUCCACAGUUUUCCAACUUUGGAAAUCUGGAACAACAUGGAUUUGCAAGGAAUAGAGUCUGGACCAUCGAUACUGAUCCACCACCAUUUCCUGUGCCAACCACCAAUACAGCUUAUAUUGAUUUAAUCCUUAAACCUACGGAAGAGGAUUUGAAGAUCUGGCCUCAUAGUUUUGAAUACCGUCUGAGGGUUGCACUUAGUCCUGGUGGUGAUUUGAUGCUAACUUCACGUAUAAGAAACACUAAUGCAGAUGGAAAGUCAUUCUCUUUCACCUUUGCAUACCACACAUACUUCAAGAUUUCUGAUAUAAGUGAGGUGCGAGUAGAAGGCCUGGAAACUCUGGAUUACCUAGACAACUUACAAGACAGAGCCCGUUUCACUGAACAAGGAGAUGCAAUUGUUUUUGAAUCCGAACUGGACAGAAUAUAUCUGGGCACACCAUCAAAAAUUGCCAUUAUUGAUCAUGAGAAGAAAAGAACAUUUGUUGUGAGGAAAGGAGGACUUCCUGAUGCUGUUGUUUGGAAUCCUUGGGACAAAAAGGCAAAGGCUAUGUCAGAUUUUGGUGAUGAUGAAUAUAAACGCAUGGUUUGUGUGGAGGCAGCUGCUAUAGAGAAGCCGGUUACUCUAAAGCCUGGUGAGGAAUGGACCGGAAAGUUGGAACUUUCUGCUGUGCCAUCUAGUUAUUACAGUGGUCAGCUAGACCCUGACCGUGUGAUUCAGGAUUCAAGUGUCCCAGAGGAUUCAAUCAGCUAGUCCUUACUGUAAUUCUGUGCAGGUAGAGCAUUAUAUCAUGUAUAAGGGACACUGGCAGCAAGGAUUGUCACAACGUUUCUUCUAUUCUAUUCAAAUCUUUGUUGUUUUCUGUUCGGGGUGCAUAUCGAACCAAGGGAUGUGAAAUUGGUUUACUUUUUUUGGAUCUACGUAACAUAUAAAGGACAAGUCAGUGUUCGUACCCUGUAUAUGGAUGUUUGAGGCGAGAAACAUCUUCCAUGGGUUGUAAAAUAAAGAAAAAAAAUCCUCUCUACCGGUAGUUCAUUGUCUUUAGAUGUAAGUUCUAUAUUAAACCUAGGAAGCAGAGAUGUUGUGGAAAUGGACACACAUAAUGUGCGAACUGUUCCAGGCAUUGUAGCUUCUUGUGGUUCCAUGACAAAAUCUUCUCUAGACUCUAGAUGCAUUACUUACAUGUGCAUUUACCUUCCUAUGAUAACAGAGUAAUUACCAGAGUCUCGAUCAUUGUUAAUGUAAGAUAUCAUCUUUAUACCGUGCUC